AAAAUGGCCGCGACCGUUUCCGCGAAUUCGAGUGCAGUGUUGUGAGUGUGCGUGCAUUUCGACGAGUGGACCAUCGCCUGGCAAGGACCUCGCCGACGCGGGAGGCUAUCGCGAGGCGUGACCGACAGUUCUGCGCAGCUGAUCGAGUAUUGCAGCGCAACGUGCAGCUAUCCAGUUAAAGCGACGAAAGGCAGAGAUCUGUCUUGUAGAGUACGUUGGCAAGUUCGGAAGUUAAGAGAGGCCGACUUUUAAUCACACACAGACCGAAGAGCGUGGUAAACACAGGAGGCAAAUUCCGUUCACCGAGCUAUUUCUGAGAAUUCGUCGUCUUGUCGCUCGUUCACGUGCGCCUUAUCGGACCCAUCGACCGGACGAAGUUCGCUCGCUCGGGGGAUUAAUUAAGAAGCGUGAUUUCUGCAAUUCCGACGCCGCCACCGCCUCCGCCGUCGCUGCUGCUGCCGCUGCCGUCGCCGCCACCAUCACCGUCUUCGCCGUCGCCAUCGCCACCAUUGUAAUCAACGUCGUCGAGUAUCAGACUGGUGAAUGAGGAUCGAAGAACGUCGCCUGCCCACGAGAAUGAUUCACGCUGCCUACGCAAUUCACUACGUUGCUCGUGUGGCGAACCAGGCGCUUACCGUUUCGCCACAGCCGGCAGUAACGGUGGAGGGGCCGGUGUCCAAAAUGUCUCCACCGACGAACGACGUGAACAACGGUGUGGUAGCGUCUCCCAGCACCCUGGCGCCUCGGGUUCCACCGACCACGAACCCGUCCCUCACCAACCCACCGACGCACAAGCGUUCCCCGAAAGACUUCAUCUUUGGCAAGGUGAUCGGCGAAGGAAGCUUCUCCACCGUUUACAUUGCCAAGGAUAUCCACACCACCAAGGAGUACGCAAUCAAGGUGUGCGAUAAGAGUCACAUAAUCAAGCAGAAGAAGAGCGAGUAUGUGAAGCGCGAGAAGGAGGUGCUGAACAUGCUCGCGGACGCCAAGCACUCGUUCGUGCGCCUGUUCUGCACUUUCCAGGACGCGGAGAGACUAUACUUUGUCAUGUCGUAUGCUAAAAACGGCGAGCUCCUGCCUCACAUCAACAAGGUGGGCUCUUUCGACAUCGAUUGCACCAAGUUCUACUCGGCUGAGAUCCUACGCGGUCUCGAGUAUCUGCACGGGCUCGGUAUCAUUCACCGAGACCUCAAGCCAGAAAACAUCCUGCUGGACGACAAGAUGCACGUGCUCAUCACUGAUUUCGGCUGCGCCAAGAUCCUCAAGGACGACCCGGAAACGCCCGCGGACGUGGACGCUCAACAGCAACCGCGUUUCAGGCAACGCAGCGGCUCCUUCGUCGGUACCGCUCAGUAUGUGUCACCAGAGUUACUGACCAACAGUAGUGUGAGCAGAGCAUCCGAUCUCUGGGCCCUGGGCUGUCUCGUCUACCAGAUGGUCGCCGGCCUGCCGCCUUUCCGCUCGAGGAGCGAGUACGUAAUGUUCCAGAAGAUCCUAAAACUCGAGUACGAUAUACCAGACGGUUUCUGCGAGCUUGCCAGGUCGUUCGUUAAUCAGCUUCUCGUAUUGGAGCCGACGCAACGACUGGGCGCUUUGGACGAGCACGGCGCUGGUUAUCCCAGCAUUCGAGCACAUCCUUUCUUCGAGGGCGUCGACUUCGAGACCCUUCACGAGCAGACACCGCCGCCGAUUUAUCCGUAUCUACCCGGCACGUCGGAACAUGAGGAGCUAAGGUCGCAAUACAGGGUACCCGAUAAUCUCGAGCCCGGUUUGGGCCAGAAGCAACUCUCCAGGCUCCUUUGGCUGGGACCCGAAAUAACGACAACCAAUAACGACAACACCACCGCAGCGGAGCAACUCGCUGUUAACGAGUUCUUCAGCGAUAUGCCACUGAGAAAGUGCACCAACAACAGGCCCGACAACGUCUCCAACAUCGCCAAUUUGACGCCGGAACAGAUUAGAAUGCGGCUAGAGAAACAGCGCACUACGAAUCAGUGGCACGCUUUUGUCGAUGACAAUCUUAUACUAAAACAGGGCUUCGUCAAUAAGAGGAAAGGCCUGUUCUCUAGGCGGAGAAUGCUCCUCCUUACUACCGGACCGCACCUAUACUAUGUCGAUUCUUAUAACAAUGUGCUCAAGGGCGAGAUACCCUGGAGUCCAGAACUGAGGGUCGAGCCAAAGAAUUUCAAGAUCUUCUUCGUCCACACGCCAAACAGGACGUACUAUCUUGAAGAUCCCGAGGGAUUCGCAUUGGAAUGGUGUAGAGCGAUCGAAGAGACGCGAGUUCACUGUUACGGCCUGCAGGAGAUGGCCGCUUAAAAUGAAAACUGGAGAGAUCCAAAAGACAGAACACGUAACGAGUGGUAAAGUCCGCGAGUGGCGAUCACUAAAGGCCGAUUUGUUUCCGACGAGAAGAAAUAGCGAAAUCGAUUGUUCACGUAUCAACCGAUUGUAAAAAGUAGACUAGUAGACUUUAUCGCGCGCAUUCCGGAUCGCGCGCUCUGUACAGUUAUAGGCAGAAAUUCAUUAGGCAAAAAAUUCUGAAACGCGAUCUCCGUCGUCAAGAAUCACCGUAUCGCGCGCGGUGUUCAUUAUCACUUACGUUCGCUAUUUAUUGACGACCCUUCAGAUCGUAUCAUCUGCGCGCACACGCGAGAAUCGCACGGUGCUUACGAAAGAGGAAAAUACGGAGGAUUAGAGAAAUUUUUAGCCAAGGCUUCGCUGUGUGACGUAAUUGCGUGAGAUCGAGAUCGCCCCUGUGGGAGGCAUAGGAAAAUAAAGUUCACGCACUCGUAAAUUUCAAUGUUUACAAUGCUCGCGAUACGUAUCAUCCGGAUCUUACGCACAAAUUUUCACGUGAUUCAGCUCUUUGGUGGAAAAAAAAUUACGAAAACAAAAAACCCAAGAGACCGGAUUGUCCCAGGAAGAAGCUUCCCAUCUUAAGGCGGUCUUGGUCGCGCAAAACACGCUUCGCAUGGCGCUAUUAUAGUACUUUAUUUCUAAGUAAUAGUCCAAUUUCGAUAAAAACGCGAUGCGUAUUUAGGUGAAAUUAAAAGCCACGCGCGGCAGCAGCUCGUAACGUCGCCGUACGAAUUUAGACGUCAAUUUAGCCUGGUUAGUCAAAAAAAAAAAAAAAGAAAAAUACAGUGAAGGACAACGAGACGCUACGCAGCUUUAACGAAAUCGUUUUACGUCGCCUGUAAAGGAUCCUCGGAAUCUCGCGACCUUCCGGGCGAUCUUUGCUCUCUUCACGGUGUACAGACAGUAAUUGUUUGUCACGUCGUUCAUCGCCAUUCCCUUUCUCCUCCGCGUAUUCGUAUUCGCGUUUCCCUUCUCGUGAAUUUUCUCUGUAAAUAUCAUAAACGCGUUUCUAUACGAAGAGCAGGCCGCGUAAAAGCAUCUUGUAAUAUAGUAGAUAUGUAAGUAGAAGAAAAGGAAAAGUAUCGUUGUCCUGCCACAGCAUUUUUCACUCGCUUAAUUAUGUCUCUCGUCGUUUGGCCCUCGCGGACUCCCGAGCGUGCGAUCGGUGAUUAGGUGGGAAAAUAUCGAGGGAAAGAAUGAGAUUGGUGUUCGCACGGUUUUCCCAGCACGUUCGUACGUAAGAGGAAGCGGUGGAGAAAAUGGGCAUAGGAAACAAGGGGAAACCUUUGUUUUUUCCUCCUGCAAAAGACUUUUAAACUCUGCCUGAUGAGAAAGGACUCUAGGACUAAUAUAGACUCGUUUGAUAGCUUUAAGAGGCGCUAUAGUAAAAUUUGCUUAGAGCGCGUAUCGCCGAUUCGUUACACCGUUGUCAUUAGCGCGAUUAUUAUUUACGAUAUGAUUUAUAGCGCGUUCGAGCGAAAAUUAUCGCCCGCGUAAUUAUCGCCGCAACCGGUAACGCGGCACGAGUAUUCAUUUUCCUCGCAUAUGUAUAAAUUAGAUAUUUAAACAUGGCCUCGCGCUUCGUUAAUUUAUUUCUACUGUUACUUGCCUCGAAUUAUUUAUUCUCGUUUUUUUUCUCUUUUUUACCGUGCGUCGGGGACCGCAUCGCGCGCGCGUUCAUACAUAGAGAUUACAGACUAGUUAACUAUCUCGCUACACCGCGUUCUAUAUAUUUACUAUAUUAUUAUUAUUAUUAUUAUUAUUAUUAUUAUUAUUAUUAUUAUUAUUAUUAGAGAAUAUAGCGCUAUUACUACUAUUACUACCAUCACCACUGCGUUGUUGCUACGUUAUUGCGUACAUAUAUAUAUAUUAUAUAUAUUCUAUAUUAUACGUCAACUAUUGUCGUUAGACUUAGCUGUUUUUAGGUAUAUACCGUUUACUGCGAAUACGUACUACCGCGUUGAUAAGAGAGGGAAAGGAAGAAAUUGAGGCGCGAUUCGACCCGUGAUAUCGCGAGCGAGCCGUAGUCCGAUCGUGUAUAAAUCUGUACAGUACUAAACAUAUGAAAAUAUUUAUAUAUAUAUAGAUAUAUUGUACGGUAUAUAUAUAAAAUAUUUAUAUAAUGUGAAUAGUGCGUAGUUAGGGGGGAAAAACUGUAUAAAUGUUCAUAGGAUAAAAUCGCGUUUAGGUUUAAUUCUCGUUGAUAUUCUCGGCACGGCUUGUUCGCGAUUCCGCUAACGAAAAGCUUUAUUUAGUCUCUCCUGUUUAUAUAUCCCUCUCCUCUCGCAUGGCGCAGACAUAAACAGGGUAUUCGGGGGAUGGCCGAGGUGGUCGGUGGUUGGCGCGUGUUGCGUCGUACGAUGUUCGAAAAAAUGGUGAUCUGUUCUUUUAUGGAUCGGCAUUGUCCUCGCUACCCAGCGGCUUUGCUUAAAAUGACCGCUUUUGGCGGGCUGCGUACGGUGCGGGCGGACGAGAACGGGGAACGAGCGAGCAACCACCAUCAGCGUUCCACGGUCAAACUCCACUUCUUUUUUCUAGUGAGAAUCGUUCGCGAGGGGGAGAGCUUAUCCCUUUAGUUCCAAGUUUCGCUUCCGGCGAAUCGCGCCUCGGUUUCGCAACGUAGUCUCUCUGCCGUGAACGAAGCACGUGGGUCGUGGUGAAUUUUGGUUUAUAUAUACAUAUAUGUGUAUAUAUAUAUAUAUAUAUAUAUAUAUAUAUAUAUCGCGUGAAGUCAUACAUAAAAGAAAAUAUAUAUUUUUCGACGUAGGAACAAAUAUAUUUCCGUGCAUGUGUAAAUAUAUCACGCAUCGAUGUUGUGCUUCUUUUCCGGGGAGAAAGAGUACGUACUACUACAAAAGUCCGAUCGCCGAUCUCGUAUCUCGCAAACACGUCGAAGUCUUUCUUCUUUUCUGUAUACGAGAUAGGGAGAACGGAUCGCGCGCGUGUCGUUUCCAUCGCGGGGAAACUUUGCAGGUCCUAUGUUUUGUGCAGGCAUUGCAAACUUUCAGAUGGGAACGCGCGCGCGUACGUUUUUCUUAGGAGGUACACAACGACGCGUUUCCGAUUUUCUUUUUCCGAAAAGGGCAAGAGAGCGUUGUCGAGCGUCUCUCGUUCGUCGUCCGGCACCGUUCCCGAGAUUUCUGCCGGCUCUUUGGUCCGUGCGCUUCGGACCUUCAGUCUCUGUUAUAUCACAGCGAAGUAAUCGAUUUGGACGUGACUCCGUUAAAGAGACAUGCCAAGGCGCUAUGUUCACUAAAAGAAGAGAUAACCAAUUUAACUAGGCUAAAAGUUUUUCAAAGGAGACGUAUACUUAAAUCGGAUCUCUUACACCAGAAAUCGUUUAUAAGAUCUGCGAAACACGCAAGUAAUAACAGCCAAGGCCUUGCGGACGUUCAGAUGCCUACUAAAGCAGAAACGCGUUUCAACUAUUGAUUGCAGUAUUACUAAAUGUAUACAGAUUAAAUGUAAUACACUAUACAUACAUACACAGAAAACACAUGGAAACACAAACAAUAUACACUCGCGCAACCUAUGAGAAGACUUUGUAAAUAGUUAGAAUAUAAUUGAUAUUAUAGGCGCCAAGAUGUAUUAAGGAUAACAUCAAAUUUAUUCAGAAUAAAUCUUCCGAAAUAUCGCAUAAA